AUGUCUGAAGGCUCUCUACCUGCGUCGCCCCCUCUGGGCGAGUACUUCCGCCACCUGCUGCGGGAGUGCCGGAUCUUCCUGGCCGAGCAAGUCCCUGCAUGUGGGCCCGCCGCCGGGGCCGGCAAGCCGGUCGUUCGUGAUGUUUGCCGCUAUCCGCCGGGGACGCAGCCAGACAUGCGCACCAUUGUCAUGUCGCUGCUGACGCUGCUCCGUUCGCCGGGCCCGGCACUGGUGGGUCCCCUGUCGGCCGUCAGCUCCGAGGCCAUGGAUCAGUGCGUUGGCCGGAUCUUUGAUCAAGGCUCCAUUGCGGCCCUUGGCGCCGGAUACAAGGCCCUCCUGUCGGGCCCCGGCGGUGGCGGUGGCGGUGGCAGCGGGCAUGGCGACACAUCUGAUCUCUCCUGGUGGGACCGCCUGGCUGGCGACCGCCUGGCGUACGGGGCCCUGGCGGCUGCGUGCGGCUUCGCCCAAUACUCCUGCGGGUUGGUUUUCCGCCAGAAUCCCCACCCGGGCGGCAAGGCCCUCCGGCGCUCGGACCUCAGCCGGCUGUGGUGCGGUCUGUCGAGCAUUGUCCUUGAGCCGCAGGCCGAUGCCCCGUCCGUGGAAUUGGGCUUCUCCACGUUGGACCUUCUGUUGACGCUGACGGCCCAGCAGGCCCAUUCUCGGGCAAGCACGCCCACGCCAGAGCCCAGCGACCCCGGGGGCUUCCCCUAUGCCCUGGCACAGGGGACAGCCCUUGCGGCCAUGUUGCGGGCGCUGCUCGUGCCCCUGGAGCAGGGAGCCGCCCGGCUGGAGGCACUGCUGGAGCAGUCGGCCCACACGGACGGCGACCCGGCGGCCGGAGCCGAUGGGCGCUUUGUCACCGGCAUGGCGGACACCGGGAUCCUGCUGGCCUCGGGGCUUGGGGACUUCCUCCACCGAUCGGACCACCUUCUGCCCGGGGCGGUGGUCCUGCUGUGUGCCGACCUCCUACCGGCUGGCCCUGUCCCUGGCGGUGGAUCGCCCUUUGGCCGGGUUUUGCGCGCCGUGGCGGGGAUCCUUCGGCCGCUGCUAGAUCGGAUGCCGGGGCUGGAGGAGCCCGCCCUGACCGGCGGUCAACACAUGCUGGUUGGCCAAUUCGCCCUGCGGCUCGGGGACCUGCUCCAGCGGCUGGUCCUGCUGAUCCCGCGCUUCUCCUUCCUUCGAGCCGAGACCCCGGCGGCCGAUGACGCCGUGCACCGGUCCCUGGCCCUGGACCUUUUCGACAUCCAUGAGCUUCUCUUCCCCCGGAGUGCGUGGGCCCCGGGGUCCGAGGGGCUGCCUUCGGCAAUGGGAGCCACGGUGGUGGCCGACCGUCCGCUGGCCAUCGGCCUGGGACAAUUGCAAAUUGCUCUGCUCCGGGCGCUGGGCCAUGCGGUGGCCCGUGCCGGCUCUUCGGCCCCGAGCCCCGGCCUUGAGGCCCACCGGGACAUCUUGUCGACGGCACACUUCCUCGGGUUCCUGCGCCGGCGCCUGGACACCCUGGCGCCGGGGACCUGGCCCGGGGUCACGGAAACUCUGCUGGCCGGGGCCGGGCGCGUGGCGGCCGCCUGGCUGGCCGGCGGGCCGCACAGCGAUCUCCUGGCUGACCGGUGCCUGUCCAGCCCGUUAAGCAUGCUCGUGGCCCCUGGCCCUGGGGGUGAUCAGCUCCGGGGGAUCCCCUUGGCCGGGGCGGCUUUGCAGGCGUUGCACACCAUGCUCCGGCAGGUGUCCCCGGAGUCGGAGCUGUCGCAGUCGGUGGCCGUUGUGCGGCAGGUAGCCGGCCAUGCGGCUCGAGUGGCCGGAGCCCGGCUGCUGGCUCUCGGCGUGGGGUUGGUGGCCUCGGACACUGGCGGCGGAAUGGAUGGCGGGGGCCCGGACGUGGCGGCCCGCGCCCUGUCUGGGGAGCUUGGCAGCCCAGCCCUCUCGCCCGAUCUGCACCUGUCGCUGCAAGACACGCUCAUGACACUUUUCACCAAUGAGCCGCACGUCGGCUUCCAUUGGCUCCGCUCGGCAUUCGACGAUUCGGCUGGUCCGUCGCCAUUGGAUCUGGUCCUGCUGAUACGCUUGGCGGCUGGCGUCAUGGACGCCGGCCCGAGUCGACGGGGCAGCACGCGCGUAGGCCUCCACGGGACUGCCUUUUCGCUGGCACACCCGGGCAACUCAAGUGCACAUGCCCCAGCGCUCACGGUCUUUGGGACCGGCCUGCUGGAGGCGCCGCAGCCGGCAGACCGCCUGGCGGCUCUGGCCUGCCUGCUGCUUCUCAUGCUGACCUUGCACGGGCGCCUCCGUGCGGACUUGCUGGCGCGCACGCUGGCCCUCUUCUCCACCAGACCAGACCUCCUCCAUGCGUUCACCAUUUUCCCAACCGGACUGGCACACUUCACCCUCGAGGCGGCUCGCAUGCCGGCCUUUCGCCUGCCUGGGCUUGCCAACAUGGACCCCAUCAUGCCCGAAGGCUUUACCGGGGCCGCGGUUGGCCUGGCCGGGCGCUGGGCCGCACUGUUGUUCUGCCUUUUGCCCGUGGCACAGCGCGUGGCCGGGCAAUGGGCCACGCCGGGGUCUGAUGUUGGCCUGGCCGACCCGGGGCUCAGCCCGGCCGACGUGCAGCACCUCCAGCGCCAAGUGGUGGGUUCUUUGGCGGACCUGCUGGCUUCACGAGAGGAGGUGCGGAUCCUGCUCGGGGCAUGCGCGCUGGCUUGGAUUUGCCACCCCCGUGGCCUGCAUCCGGAGCUGCCGGAGCAUUUGGGCCCGGCCGGGCUGGAUCCCCUGGUGCCGGUUCUCCAGGGGACGGUCCUGUCGCUGGCGACCGGGACGCCGCCGGGAAUCGCGGAGACCACCAGCCGCGGGCUCUUCGCAGUGCUGGCUCACCUGGCCACGCGCCUGUCUCUGCGUGGGCCGGAGUUUCGGCCGCGCUCGCGCUCGCGCUCAAAGAGCUUCCUGCUUUCGACCUUCCACCGGUAUCUGGCGGCAUUGGCGGAGGAUGAUGGCGCGGUGCUCGGUGGCCCGAGCCACUCGCGUACCUUCUCGCCGGCUUUGCUGGCCCGGCACCGGCUCUUCAUGUCGGGCAUCUUCGCCGCAGUCGGUGAGCUCGGACGUCUGAUGCAAGACCCCGACCUGACGACGCUCAGUGAGUCCUUCCGGCAGACAUUGUCCCGCCAUGGGCGUGGGCUCUUCUGUCUGCUGAGCGACAUGGCCCGGCUGUCGCAGGCCCAUCACGGGCAUUUCCUCCGGGAGCUGACACGCUUCCUGCGCACAGUUCAGCAAUUCCAGGGCUCGCAGGGGCCAGGUUCGCGGCCAGAGCUGCCCAUCUGCCCGGGCGGCCUGUUGGCCCCGUGGCGCGCGGUCGAUGAGUCCCUCUUGUCCUUCAUUCUCAAGGACGUGAUUGUUCAGUUUCAGAGCCGGUACCUGGUGUCGCCGUCGGAGUUGGCCUCGCGAGUUUCCCUCCUGGAGGCUCCGGCUGCCGGGGGCGGCCGUCAUGUUCCGGCAGCUCGGCCGCUUUCGCCCCCUGUGUCCGUGGAGCUCCAUGUGGCCUCUCCGAAUACGAACACCCCACUUCCACCGGCCGUGUGCGUGGACAUUUACCCCUCGGUGGCAUCAUCCCUCGGGGGCGAUCAUGGGUCGGAGUCGCUGGCAAGCUUGUCUCUGGUCGGCUCUGCCCACACGUCGGCCAGUCCGGUCGGAGGCGGUCCGUCGCUGGUGGCCGCGAUCCAUCGGUGCCUGCUGCUCAGUGCCCAGGGGAAGCCUCGACGCCUGCGGCUGUCCACGCUGGGCUCGCACUUCCUGUUGUACCGGUAUUGCAGCUCCUUCUCGCUGGGCCCGGGCGCCGGCCCGGCCUUUGCGACCGGGGCCUCAAAUGAGCCGCUACUGGCUGUCAUCGAUCCGAUCAUCCUGUCGCCGAUUGCCUUGUUUGACGUGGAGGCGAUCGGCGAGCUGGCUCCCUCGCCGGCGGUCAUCCUGUCGCUCUUCUAUGCUAUCAACUGGCUGCGACACCUGCUCAAUGCCUUUACGCCAUGGCUGGCGGUUCUGUUUCGAGCGCAGCUGGAGCACUGUGACCCGGAUCUCCAGGCGCUGCAGGGCUUGCAGUUCCUCCCCGGCGGUGGGGCCGUACACCAUGCCCACCGGGAAGGCCUGCGCACCCUGCGAUCGGUGCUCUACUGUCGGGCCGGGCAGCUCAUCCACCUGGAGACAUGCCUGCUGACACUGGUCAAUGCCUCGCUGAAGGCAACUCCUGGAACCGGCGGUGGCGGGGGUGGCGGGGGUGGCGGUGCCCGGCGCCGUGCGCGCCCGGCCGCUGGUCUUACCGUGCCGCCUGGGGCUCUGGCUGCGCAUUUGUCGGCGGCCAUCCUGCUCAGCGACGAGGGGGCCCUCUCUGAAGAGGCCAUCAUCGAUCUGCUGAGUACCGAGCCGCCGGCACGCCUCGUCAGUCUUUUUGUCCGGCGCUUCACACCGCUCAAGGCGAGCGCCGCGUCGCUGAUCGCCCAACGGUCACAGCUCCGCUCGCUGAUGACCGCCGAGAUGGAUUCCAGCCUCUCAAGCGAGAUUCGCUUCUGCAGUCACUUCCUCACCAGCUCCACGGUGGGUCUAUUUGACAGCCUGGCCAGCAUGACCGGCAUGAAGACCGCCACAUCGACUCACUUCAAUGGGCUGAUCACCGCGCUGGCCGGCACCGGCCUGGUGUGGUCUUCGGCAUACCUCCAGGCACCCGGGGCGCCGGCCCCCAGCGCGGACUCCGCGCCGGCGCAGCCCCUGGCCGAUGACGCAUCUCCCGAUGCCACGGCCACGGCCACGGCCGAUGGAUUGCCCGAGUCGGAGGAGGCGCACAUUGAUGCGCCGCUGGAAUCGGUGUCGAGCAGCUGGCCACCGGCCCACUGGAUCUCCGUCCUCCUGUUGCAGGGCGGGCUCAGUCACAUCUGGCUGUACUCGCUGUGUGCUCUGUUCCGUCUGGACCGGGCUCUUCGGAUGUCGGCUGACAUGAAUGAUGUCAUUGCGGACCUGAUGGAUUCCGCCGGUACCGGUCUGCGGGUGCUCGAGCGUGUGGCCACCAGCCUUGUGCAGCUGGGUCGAACGCCCAAGAGCGACCUGGCUCCUCUGGCAUCGGUGACUCGGCACUCGCCAUCCGGCUUCCUGCACCUUCUGCGCCAGACAUUCCUGCAGACCGCUCGGAAAGUGAGCAUCUUCUUCCUGCGGCUGGUCGAGGCCCCCCCGGCCAGUGGUCACUGCGACUUGGAAACCAUCCUGCAGGCACUGCUAUUCUCCCCCUGCCUGGCGGAUGUGGAGCACCGGCAGCCGUUGCAACUUUUGCGCGCGGCACUCGCCAUUUCGCGGCUCUUCUCAAUCUGCCCGGCAGCGGCGGGCCCCGCGGCGUUGGCUGCGCCCCGGCCAUCCCCGGCCUCGGACGUCGGGCCUCUCCAUCUCAUUUCGGACUUCGCGGGGCGUUUGCUGGCCGGCGUGCCGAACCUGGCCACCAUGAAUACAUCUGAGUUGGAGCUGGUCCUCCGAGCGCACCUCCUCCUAUCUCCGGCGGCCUUCUCGCAUGUGGUUAUCCCCUUCUGCCGGCAGAUCCUGCCCGAGUACCAGCAGGCGCUGGAGCGGCUGCCGGCGGGGGCCGAGGACCUGGCCGAGGCUCUGGAGCGGCCGCUCCUAAGCGGAUGGAGCUCCCUCUCGCCCGACGUAUCACAGUCAGCCGACGGCGAGACCGCCGCAGCCAUGGACGAUACACACUCCUGGCUAUCGAGCAUCACGCUGCAAACUUUUGUCCAGUACCACCGUUUGUGCUUCGAGGCGCUGGUGGCCAAUGUGACCCACCUAUCGCCCAGUCUGCUGGACCGGCGCCAUGACAGCGCUGCUGUCGUUCUCAGCCGACUGGAGCUCCUCCUGGGGACUUUCACCGGGCUGGUUGGGGCCAUCCGCGCCGCGGAUGAUGCAGUCCUAGCGGCUCCCUUCUCCGGGGUGCUGGUGACCUGCCUGCGCCUGGGCCGGUCCUUCGUCGGGGCCUGGAUGCGGCAUGUGAUGCCUUGCUUUGAUCGGAUCUUCGGCAUGAGCCACUCGCACCGGCAGGCGGUGCUGGCCCUGCUUGCGGCCUUGCAGAAGAGCACGCGUGUCUUGCAGUCCGCCUGUUCGCUGGUGAAAAGCUCUUCGUCUCGGGAGGCGGUGGCGGCCGCGGCCGCGGCCGCGGGCGCCACCUCCACCGACGCCGGCGGGAGAGCGCGCAAGCGCCAGGCUCGUUCGGCAAGCGCCGGCACAACUGCCCGGGCGCGUGACGCAGCUGCCAGCCAUGGCACGCCGACCCUCCCGCCGACGGCCUUGAGGCUCGUGGCCCCGCUCCGGCGGGACCUGGAGACGCUGCUCUUCCGUGUCCGGCAGAUGCUGGAGCGCAAUGACGCAUCCGCUGCCUACUGGAUUGGGCACCUGAAGCACCGGGCCCUGGAUGGGGAGGUUGUCUCGUCGCAGGUGAUCCCGACCGACGUGUGGGCUGCCAGCGAGACGGGGAUCAGCGUGCAGGCGCUUCGGCCCCCGACGGAGGCCCAUGCCGAGCUUUCGGGCUCUGACAGCCAGGCCACCGAGCCCGAGGAAAUGUCGGACGAGGACCAGCCGGCUGGCGACCUCGGGCUGGACUUCCUCCAUGCCGGCAUCGCCGGGCCUUCGGACGAGGAUGACGAUGGGUAUGGCAGGCUUUGA